AUGACAAUCGUUUACAAGCUGCACACAGAUAGCAUUAAAGUGAAUUUGCAUGGUAUACACCAGAAGGGCAUUCCGUUGAUGGGCGGGGUUGAAUUCAUCACGGAAUGUCCCGUUUUACCCGGAAAGACCUUCAAUCAGGCGUUUGAAACUUUUCCAAAAGGUGCUAAAAAGGAUCACGCCCAUAUUGGUGAACAAAGAAAGACCAUAGAGACACCAGAAAGUCUCAACAACAAUAAAUAUUACUCGGCUGAGGCCAUUCUUGAGAUGGUGGACGUUACUGGCCCGGUUAAUUUGAACCCUUCGAAGGCGGCUCCUCCAAAUUGCAAUAUUAUAAACUCCACUGUGCUCAACUGCCCUUAUCAGUUCUAUCCAAGAGAUAGCAAAACCGCAUGCCUAACAUUCAAUGAUCUUUUGAAAAACAACCCGAUUCGGGAAACAGAAAAGAUUAUCGGAAACAAAGUCGAUAACGAGUACUUCUUUAACUUCGGAUUUCCAGGCCAAAACGGGAGUACAAUUGGUUCGGUAAAUGCUCGAGAAUUUAUAUUUGCUACCGUUCCAAUGCUCACACAGCCGGACGAAAUAAACACACUUUGCGAUGAAGGACAAUGCCGUCGUGAAGGGAUGUGCGCAUGUACGUACACACAGAAGAUUCCUUCGGACAAACUUAUCCAGAUGGUUUUCACUAACAUUGGAAACGGAUCGGGAUGGUCACAUCCUAUUCAUCUACACGGCCACACGUUUAACGUGAUAAAAAUGGGACUCGGAAGUUACACACCUGAUACAGGCAUAUUGGUUGCCCCAAAUCAAGACAUUAUUUGCACCGACGGAAGGAAAUUCUGCAGCACAAUGCGAUGGAAAGAUUCGUCCCGGAAUAACGGAAAUGUCACUGGAAUGAAUUAGGAUCCGCCACAAAAGGACACAAUCGUGGUGCCAACUGGCGGCUACGUUGUGGUGCGGUUUAUCUCCGACUACCCCGGUAUGUGGUUCCUCCAUUGUCACAUCGACCUGCACAACACCAACGGCAUGGGGAUGGUGAUAGACGAAGGAGAUUCAAAGCCAACUUCACCGAUUGACUUUCCUGUUUGUCGCAACUUCGAAUUUAAAGGUAGUGUGUUAAAAGAAAAAAUGAACAUCGUUGAACUCUGCUGCAGGACUUCCAACUAG